AUGUCAAAGUUGACAUUACAAAAACUUGGUAUUUAUACCCUUCCAUGGUUAUUUUUCAUCGUUAUAAACUGCUCAACAGCUACAGUUUUAAACAGAUUUUAUCACUUUGAUAAUGAUGAUAUCGUUGAUGAUGACCGAACGCCACGAUUGUUCUUUGCCAAGCCCGCAAUAUUCGCCAAAAAGCAAAUGAGUGAACGAGUUGUUAAUUCGCUUCUAAGAAAUGCAUGGAUUGGUUAA